CCUGCCAGGCAGAUGAUGAUGGUGGUGAUGAUGAUGAUGUGACACUGUGGCCAGCCAAUGAUCACACAAGGAGAGAGAGGAAGGGGCGUGUCCUGAGGCUGAGCUGGGAGCUGAUCGAUGCUGAGAAGACUGAGGAGGAAGAAGGGGAAGAGAGGGAUGUAGAGGAGGGUGGGGGGGAGCUUGUCCAAGCUAAAGAACGCACACAGUUGGCUAAAUAAAGGAGGGGAAGAGGAGGAGGAAGAGGAGGAGGGAGGGAGGAAGCUGUCGCCUGUUGGAGGGAGAUCAACCUGUGCUGUCAUGGACAAAUAUCGACCAAAGAGACCAACCACCCUGGCUCUGUUUCCCCAGCUGCCACAAGCCGGCACCCAGGACUCCAUUAACAACAACUCUUUAGGCAAGAAGGACAGCUGGAAGGACUCCCGCUCUUCCUCCCCACACAUAACAGGGGAUCUUACACCACCGGGUGUCAAACCAAAGGCGGAGGACAAGGUCCAACACAGCACGCGCCGCCCCGCCCUAAAAUCUCCCAAAACCAAUGGAGCCAACAGCAGAGCCAACAUUCAGGCUGCUGCCACCACCGCAGACAUACGUGCUCGACCGCGGGAAAGGCCGGUGUCCAGGGCCACAUACACACAGUCCUCCAGCACACCGAGGAGUCAAAGGAGAGGACGAGUAGCAGGAGGAAGAGGGGUAGGAAGAGGAGUGACAGCAAUGAGAGAAAGAAACCUGGGGGACAUCAGAGGAAAAGAUGGAGUGUCAGCAGGGAAGGAAGAUAGAAGAGGAGGAAGACUGUGUGAGGAGUCCAAGGGGAAGGAGAAAGAGAGGAAUGGACAUCAGAGGCCAAGAGAAGCAAAUGGACUGAAAAGCCAGGGGGCUGAUGGGAAAGGAAAAGUAGUUGCUAAAGGGGGUAACAGAGGAGGGGGACUGAAGCCAAAUAACAUACUGUCUGACCAGGAAGUUGUACUGACAGCGAUGGUGGUCCCACGCACACCUGUAGCGCCAAGAAACCAGGACAAGACCCAAGAUCAAGGCCAAAACCAUGACAGGACUCAGGACAACCCCUCUGUCCUCUCUCGGUCCAGCAGUGAGGGGGGGUCAAACAGAAUGUCCCUCAGCUCAGACACAGAGGGCCCCCCACCAGGGCCCCUGCAUCCUUCUCUAUCCCACCGAAUUAACCCUGACAUCAGUGAAGAAGAGGGGGAGGGAGAUCCAACUGCCUGUGUUAACACCCAGAAUGGUCCAACCCUCUGCCUUGCAGGUAAUGGAAACACAGAGAUGGACUGUACCAAAUCAGAGGUGGAAGCAGGGGGAAGAAAAGAUGACAAUAAUACUAAGGUGGAUGGCACCAACUCUGUCACUGAAGGAAACUGUGUGGCUGCUCAUACUCUACCAAAGAGUGAAGGUAAAGCAGGGUUAAAUUUUCACACUGCUAAAUACACUCUGGUGGUCGAUGAACACGCUCAAUUGGAGCUGGUCAGCAUCAAGGACUGCUUGCAUGGUUUCGAGCACAAUGAUGACAGCGAUACAGAGACGGUCUAUCAGUCAGCCAAUGAGGAGGAAGACCCAGAGUAUGAGGAGGAGAGGAAGAGGACAGAGGAAGCAAGGAAGCAAGACAGGAGGAAAGAGGAGGAAAAGAUAAGAAAGGAGGAGGAGACGAAGAAGAGGAGGGAAGAGGAUGUGAAGAGGAAGAGGGAGGAGGAGGUGAAGAGGAGGAGGGAAGUUGUGGCAAGGAUCUCUAAGCAGUCCAAGGUAACGUCAACCACAACUUCAGAGGAAGACGAGUCCAGCCGAGGAAGGGUCGGAGCUUCCAGAAGCAGGAAGUUCCUCAACCUAUUUGCCAACAACAGCAGCCAUUACAGUGCCACUGGUGCUGGGUCAUUUGGUGUGUUCUCCUGUGUUUUGGAUGGAGUGGAGAGACAGCAGAGCCACAGAGCUGUCUACAGGUUUGUCCCUCGGCAUGCAGAUGAACUGAAGCUAGAGACAGAUGACCCAGUAUUAAUGCUGAACCAGUCUGAGGACCUGUGGUGUCAGGGUUACAACAUGAGGACUGGAGCUACCGGUAUAUUCCCUGCCUUCUACGCUGUCAGCGUGGCCAAAGAUAUUAACCAAGUCCAGAAAGAUGGUUGGAUAGAGCAGUUCCUAGUGCGAUUCCUGGGUUCAGUUCAGGUCCCCAUCCACAAAGGCAACGACGUGCUGUGUGCUGCUAUGCAGAAGGUGGCGUGUAACAGGCGGCUGGCUGGUCAGCCUCCCUCAGCCUGUGUGCUGGAGGUCAGUGUGAAGGGUGUGAAGAUCAGCGUCCAGGACCAGUGUCACUCUGCUCACAGGGGGGACCAGUGUUUCCAUUUCUUCCAGUUAAAGAACAUCUCAUUCUGUGGCUGUCAUCCAAAACACAGCAAGUAUUUUGGUUUCAUCACCAAACACCCCGACCAACAGCGCUUUGCCUGUCACGUGAUGAUGUCAGAGACAACACUACAUCCUCUGGCUGAGUCUGUAGGGAGGGCAUUCCAGCAGUAUUACAAGGAACACAUUGGCUACUCCUGUCCCACUGAAGACAUCUUCAUUGAAUAACACCUCUCCUCCAUCCACACUAUGUACUGAAUACUCACUAUGUGCAUGUAAGCCUGGUCUUACACCACAAACUGGACCACAGAUAUACAUUCGUCAGAAUACUUGCAUGGUGGAUUUCUUUUCAUAGCUGCAUCUAGUGAUACAGCGAGCUUUUCCUUCCAUUGGCCAUGUCACGAUAUAAAUACCUCUAAGGAUGGAUAGGAUCACAUGAGAUGUCCCAUACAGUGAGAACAAAUGUAACAUAGACCUCCCAAAACUCAAACACAAAUAUCUGAUAUUGAUAUAUUUUAUGGGCUAAAAUUACUCAUAUGUAACUACAUGUAAAUAUUGGAUUAUCGUAUAGACAGCCUACAGGACUAUGGAGUUAAUUUACUGACAGAAUGUUUAUAUAAUCAAUGUGAACCAUUUGAGUCAUGUAUUAAAAAAACAAGUCAUCAACAUUGUUAGCAGCUAUGUGAGGCUGUAUUUAAGCACACCGGUGCUACUGCAAAUGCUAAUGUCAGCAUGCUAACAUGUGCAUGAAUACAAUGUUCAGCAGGUAAUGCUUGCCAUGUCAGCAGCUAGCAUUUGCUAAUUAGCACUAAACACAGUACAGCUGAGGCCCAUGGGAAUGUCAUUAGUUAUGCAGGUCAUGAACCAAACUGGAUUAAAAGUCUGGGGCGGUUGAGACAUCUCGUCUCAACAUGGGGGUUCACUAAAGUUAUUAAGAUUCCUUCUUUGGUGGCCAUAAAUGUCAACAAUAUUUCAUCACAGUUUAUCCAAUUUGUCAAGAUAUUUUAGUCUGUAAAAAAUGUUGGACCAACUGACACACCGCUAAUGGGGCAAAUUAAAAGACCAAACAUUUGAUGGUCACAGCUUCUAAAAUUAGAGGAUUUGCUGCUUUGCUCUUUCAUGUCAUUGUGAAUUGAAUGUGUUUUUAGAUUUUCGGUCAGACAAGAUAAGCAAUUUGAAGAUCACCUUGGGCUCUGGCAACUGUUUUUGGCAUCCCUUAAGCCCACGAUCAGGUAGUAAAAUAUAAAACUGCUUCCAACAAUACUUAAAUCUUUAAUUUGUAGUCACAUUUUAUGUCACGGUAUGAUGAACGCACUUCAGAGAAAAGGAGCAUAGCCCAUAGCCCAUUUUUUAUUGCUAGUGACUGAUGGUUGACAUGUGGUUAAACGUAAAGGACACUAAGUGCAUUCUAAAAAGUUCUGAACCUUUAAUUCCAGUUUGCAAACUUUUCUAUUUAAAGGUGUGACAAGUAUGUUGACUAAAAUAAAAAAAAAAGAUUGCACAUUUAAAAUCAAAGUAUGCAUGAAUUUAACUAGUAGGAAAAUUAGCGAAAUGUAGUUGCUUAUGUAAGAUUUGUAUGCGAUAGAUCUAUUCCUGUCUAAAUUAUGUGUGGGAGUGCAAUGGAGUUACUUCCGUUGACCAAAAUGACAUUCUAAUGGAGAGUAGAUGCAUAGAUCAGCCAUAUUGGUGGUCAUGAACAGUGUGUUCACUUGGGUAAACAAGUGUAGCUACUGGGUCCAGUUCCAGAUAUUUCUCUGAGAAUUAAGUGUUGUACGUCAAACCAGUUUCAGUUGAGACAAGCGUUUCAUUUUUACAUACGUAUGUUGCAGAAUACAUUGGCCUGGAAUCAAACCCAUUUCACCUGCUUGGUAGGCAGAUCUGCUAACCAUAAACACGCACUUAAGCUAUGAGAAUCUAAAAACAAAGCUACACUGCAUGUUUUUGAAAAGGAGGUAAAUCUUCUGUCUUUAAAUUAGCUUCAUCCUUGACUUUACAAUAAAGAAGGGCUUCUUAUUUACAACAGUUUUCCCCUGCAGUUUAAAAGGCCGUGCUUUGAAGGAAUAUACAACAAAAAAAUGGACUUGCUUGUUUCUUUGCACAGAAGACAGAUAGAUGUUUCCAAAAAAUAUACAAGUAUAAUUCUGAAUCCUGUAUCCCCCAGACUUGACAAUCUACUGUUGAAGACCUUUGGAGUUGCUUUUAAGGUGCCUCAUUUCUCUUUUUGCUGCUUGAUGUUCCUUUUCUUCCAAAUGUUGUUCCAAGUACAAAUUCUUCAUACAGAGUUUCUCUGGUUGAGCAAUGACAUACUUCCUUUAACUCUGUCAAGGCCCAGAUGACACCGUGCAAUUUACUGUGUGUGCAACACAACCGACUGGUGGGAUGGUGGAUCACUGUGCAGUCAUGUCAGUCACUUUCAGCUCACACUUUUUUCACAUUGCCUGCUCAAAUCUGGGACCAAGAUUAGGGUCAUAUUUACUCCUCUUGAGAUUCAGUUUUUUAGCUGAGAUAUUUUUAAAACUAAAUUCUAACAUUUGAAUACUUAUCUUCACAAACUGAUCCACGCACUGCUCUCGUUGUGUACAGACAGAGAAUAAAUUUUCUGAUGUAGUUCCUCCCUGUUUUUACAGCCAUUAGAAGCUGAGCUCCAGACUUAAAGCUGCAGCAAUCUCCAUUUUGAACAACAAUGGAUCAAAUUUCUGUGUGCAAUGUGAAAUGAGUCACUCACAGGGACGAAACCACUCCUGGUGAUAACUAUUACCUCCAGAUUUCUAGCCUCUUUUAGCUCAUUGUUUUGGUUUUCCAGCACACAAACAACGCUCUUGUCAACCUUAUUGUUUCUUGCAACAGCUUGGCAGCUAUUUUCAGCUAAACGAGCUCAGAUAAACCCACAGUCCGCUUCCUGCCCAGCACCAAACAGCAGACAGACAAAGCGAGCGACUAUCAGAUGAACAUAGCGGAGCAUUUAGCAGCUAAAAAGCAAUUUUUCUUAGGAAUUGGUGGAGACCAGAGCUAAAACAAAAGUGAGUAAUGGAUUUGUUUUUAUCAACGUCAUCCUGUGUCUGCUGAAUGUGUAAAGAGACAAAUAUUUGCUAACCCAUAAGAUAUGCUUUUAUAAUGUAAUGUGUUUUCAGUUUGUCCUAUUGCACCAAAAUGUCCAAAAUAUCAGUUAAAGCUGCUUUAAGAAUCAGAAUUCCAGCCAAUCAGAUUCUGCUUGUGAAGAUGUAGCACAAGCAGUUUAACUAUGAUAUAGAUUUGAGCAGGUAAAGUGAACGGAAAUGAAGCCUGAAAUGUUGAAAUGUUUUGUGUUCAAAAAACAGUGCCUAUUUUUUUCUGGUGUAGUGAUGACCGUCCUCGGUAUUAACUGCUGUCACACCAUUCAGUCUUUUAGUUUAGCACCGGGGACCAGGAGAAACACAAUUUCAUUCCUCUAUGUACUGUACUGCGCUGUAUACAGAUGAAUGACAAUAAAGUCUCUCUUAUGACAA